AUGGUACACCGAUUUUGUUUUGAGGCCCUGGACAAAACACUGAGAGAUAUUCUUAGAUUUUCUGAUAGUAGAUGUGUUGAUAAGCCAUUUGGUGGAAAAGUCAUUGUUCUGGGAGGUGAAUUUCGGCAAAUAUUACCAGUCAUUCCUCAUGGCAGCAGACAACAAAUAGUCAAUGCAACAAUUAAUUCUUCUCAUCUUUGGUCCCAUUGUCAUUUAUUGACUUUGACUAAGAACAUGCGACAUACUACUGGAAAUGGGAUUAAAAAUUAUGCUGAAAUAAAGGAUUUUUCUGACUGGCUCCUUAAAAUAGGAGAUGGUGAUCUUGGAGAUAAUAUUGAUGGAGAAUCUAUGAUAACAAUUCCAGAUGGAUUAUUAAUUGAGGAAUCAGAACAUCCACUGUCAGAUUUGGUUGAUUUUGUGCACCCGAAUCUCUUGGAUCAUAUUAAGGAUCCUACAUUCUUCAGAGAACGUGCAAUUUUAACUCCUAAAUUGACAGAUGUUGCUAUGAUAAAUGAGUUCUUAAUGUCUUUGAUUCCGGGUGAAGAAAAGACAUAUUUCAGUUCAGAUAAUGUCUUGAAACAAGAUAAUAAUUCUCAGAUUGAAGAUGACGAGUUCUCACCUGAAAUUUUAAAUACUUUCUCCUGUUCCGGAAUUCCUGAUUAUAAAUUAAUUUUGAAGGUUAAUGUGUCAGUUAUGCUAUUGAGAAAUAUUGAUCAGUCAAGAGGUUUAUGCAACGGCACAAGAUUGCUUAUUUCAAGAUUGGGCAACUGUGUUGUUGAAGGAACUGUUCUUACCGGAAGCAAUAUCGGAGAAUUUGUGUUAAUCCCUAGAAUGACGAUGAGCCCUUCAAGUCAUUCAUUUCCAAUACAUUUCCAAAGAAGACAAUUCCCACUGGUUGUUUCAUUUGCCAUGAGUAUCAACAAGAGCCAAGGACAAUCUCUUUCACAUGUGAGCAUUUAUCUCCCUAGGCCCGUCUUUACUCAUGGGUAA